UGUCACCAUGAAGGUCCUGGUUUUCCUGACAUUGCUUGGAGCAGCAUUUGCAGCUGAGGAUGAAAAGGUUGUAGGAGGGUAUGAGUGUCCCAGGAACUCUGUUCCCUACCAGGUGUCUCUGAACGCUGGAUACCACUUCUGCGGCGGAUCCCUCAUCUCCAGCCAGUGGGUGGUGUCAGCUGCUCACUGCUACAAAUCUCGUAUUCAGGUUCGUCUUGGCGAGCACAACAUUGCCGUGAACGAGGGCACAGAGCAGUGGAUCGACGGCGCCAAGAUGAUCAAGCACCCACAGUACAACAGCAACAACCUGGACAACGACAUCAUGCUGAUCAAACUGAGCCGCCCCGCCGCCCUCAACAGCUACGUCAAGACCGUGGCCCUGCCCACUCGCUGCCCUGUGGCUGAUGAGAACUGCCUGGUGUCCGGCUGGGGCAACACAUCUGCCAACGGCAGCAACUUCCCCGACAGGCUGCAGUGCCUGAGGCAGCCCAUCAUCGAUGACAGGAUCUGCAAGAACGCCUACCCCCACCUGCUCACCGACAACAUGGUUUGCUCCGGGUUCAUGAGCGGAGGUGCCAGCAGCUGCCAGGGAGACUCCGGUGGUCCUCUGGUGUGCAACGGUCAGCUGCAGGGAGUCGUGUCCUGGGGUUAUGACUGUGCCAUGAAGGGACACCCCAGCGUCUAUGCCCGUGUGUGCCGCUACAACAACUGGAUCAGCAGUGUUAUGAGGAACAACUAAAGACAACCAGCCACAAUGUUCACACAUGAGCCGACAGUUUAUUUAGAACUCCUUGUGUAUUAUUUUGUCAUCCGUGUACUGUGCAUCUCACAAACAGAUUGUUUGGGCAUAAUACUCUGUAAUCAACACAAAACUGGAUGAAUUAAUAAAAUAUACAUUAGCAUCCAUUUAAA